UAUGAGGCGGGACUUAACUAUUACUAAUGUUGAGAAAACUGCGGCGCCGAAGACAGGACUUAUAUUAUGGAUAGCUUCGGUAUUUUACAAAUAAAAAUGUGUGAUAAGUUUUUUUAGGGCAGUUUCUUGUAAACCAUAGAAUCGAUUUAGUAAAAAUAACCAAUCAGAGAGCAGCCCUGUUGUAAAUAACGGUUUUUAUUUGUUUGGCUGGGCGAGUUUUUGAAGGACAAGUAAACCAAUGGCAGAGCACUAGAAGUUAAAUACCCCCGAUUUGCACCAAUCACAACUGAAAAGGCGUCCCGGCGUUAGCCAAUGGCUCGCUGUCUGGUUCUCGCAAAAGCCAAUGAGAAUGCCAAUUGGCCCAAUUUGAAAUUGUUUCAGGAAGUUUCCGUCUGAAAGCUUGACAACAAACUGCACUGGAAAACAUUUGUGCAGUUAAACAGGAGCACGACGAGGUUUACAAAGAAAGUGUUUUACAGUGAAGAUAAAAAAACGUCGUUGCUGUAGCGGUUAAAGCAAAGCAAAACAAAAAAAAAGCAAACGUAAACCAGGAAGCAAAAGAUCUGUGACUACAACGACUAAUAUCGUGUGUAUAGUAUUACAAUGUCAACCUCGAACUUUAAAAACAAGUGCGUUUCACUCAUUUACUGCACGUUCUGUGAAAACGUCCUGUGCACUCGAGGAAUGAAAGCUGUCCUUUUGGCCGACACUGAAGUUGAGCUCUAUUCGACCGACAUACCGCCAAACAGCUCGGUUGACUUUGUUGCAAACUGCUAUUCCACAGAAAGCUGCAAAUGCAGACUAAAAGACAUCGCAUGCUUGAAAUGUGGUAACAUUGUCGGGUACCAUGUGGUGGCCCCUUGUAAUCCCUGCCUGCUAUCCUGUAAUAAUGGCCAUUUCUGGAUGUUUCACAGUGAAGCUGUAUCCGCUGCUAGUAGGCUGGACUCAUCAGGAUCCAAACUUCUGCUUUGGGGAGACCUGCCUGACACAGAGGAGAGUGACGACGAAGGGAUAGACAGUCUGUCUGAAGAGGAAUAUAUCAGAUAGAAAGAUGAUAGUUCAGUUUGGAGGCCUCUGAUAUUAGCACAUCUAUCGAUUACACUGUGAGACACAUAUGAAUAGUUGGGGGGUAGGGGGGGGUGUUCAAAAUUGGGCUUUAUUUAAAUAUUUCUUGUCAGGUUACCAUUUUUAAGCUGUUACUGUGCUCUUGAUAAAAUGACCUGCUCUGGUAGCUAACGAAACGUUGAUAUUGCUUUGUGCUUCACCGUCAUUAUUUCCAAAUCAAUCAAACGUCCGAGCAUCCAUCCAUAAAAGAAAAUGAUAAGGUGCAGUCAGGGCCUUCCGGAAAUAAGUAACAUCUUCAAUCGUAAAACGGCAGGAGAGUCCUGCUGAUAUGAAACUCUUUAUUAGUCUGCCCUAGCCGGCAUUACAGUACAAUAUUGAGCUUACUCUGAUCUGUCCUUGAUAGGCAGUAUUCCUGUUCCACGAGAGGGAUUAUACAGUAUUUCUGUAGAGGCAUGGUGGAUAUCUGCAAGGCAAUCGACUUGAAACGUUCUUGCAUUUUUUAAAUACGUUACACAGUCACUGGAUUUAAUAUAAUGUACAGGAAGGACAGAUAUUUUUAUUAUUGGGAUUCUACCCGUCAUCUCUUUACCUUGUGGUUCAGAUUAACAUUCAGCUGCUGUCCAGAACACUCUCAGCAGCCUGAAGGUAGAUAUCUAAAGUGGUUGGAAGCCAAACAGACAAAUGGAUACUGUGUUAGAAUUGCACUGGAAGUUCAAGGUCCCACAAUUAAAAAGGAGACGAGUUUUAGAACCUUCAAGGGCUUUGUCUGGCAGUUCUCGUGGCUCUUUCUUACUAUGUUGAAGAGUAAUUUAACUUUGCUUUAAGACAAGAUGUGUAAUAUAAAUUACUUAUUGCACAAUCAAAUGACUUAUAUUUUUGUUAGAUUUAUUUUUUAUACUUUUUUUUUUCAACAAUAUUUAUAAUUACGGUUGUUUUAAAAAAUAAAUAAAUAGUAUGAUCAGAUUUGAAAGAUUGCACUAUUAUUAGGAGCAUCAGCAGCAUUCAUUUGUUGGUUGUGUUUGUUUUUUUUCUUGCUGAGCAGUUGAUUUCUGAAACCUUAUCAUUUUUUCUAUUUAUUUUAUAUUGACAUGCAUCGACGCAACUCUCAAUCAAGAUUUAGAAAAUGCUUGAGUGUAAAGGGCAAGGCAGCAAAAAUGAUAAUAAAAAGAAGGAUAUAUUAGUGUAUACUUGAUCUUGAAAGUUAUAACUGACACAAACUCUUCUUAAACUGACACAUGUCUGCUUUGGAAAUUGAGGAUUUUUCUAUUUUAAGGUGCAUUGAAGCAAAGAUAUAUUUAUAUGUACUUUGAUAAAGCGUUGUCUGCAUAAAAAAAAUAAUAGGCUGCAAUUGCACUGACUUUUGGAUCUGCAUUGUUUUGUAUUUAUGCUAAUAUUUAAAUAAAAAAAUGGUAUUGUUUGUUUAUGAA